AUGCCAUGUCCUUCCAGCACAGGGAGCAGCGACCCGUACUGCAUCGUGAAGAUCGACGACGAGGCCAUCAUCAGGACUGCCACCGUGUGGAAGACACUGUCCCCGUUCUGGGGGGAAGAAUACGAGGUGCACCUCCAGCCCACCUUCCACAGCGUCUCCAUCUACGUCAUGGAUGAGGAUGCGCUCAGCCGUGAUGACGUUAUUGGGAAGGUCUGCAUCACCCGGGACACGCUGGCGGAGCACCCCAAGGGGUACAGUGGCUGGGUAAGCCUCAGCGAGGUGGACCCCGACGAGGAGGUGCAGGGGGAGAUCCCCCUGUGCGUGGAGGUCCUGGGGGGCCCAGGCGGCCGGCGGCUGCGCUGCACUGUGCUGGAGGCCAGGGAUUUGGCCAGGAAGGACCGGAACGGUGCCUCUGACCCCUUUGUCCGCCUGCGCUACAACGGGAAGACACAGGAGAGCACUGUGGUGAAGAAAUCCUGCUACCCCCGCUGGAAUGAGACCUUCGAGUUUGAGCUGGCUGAGCCUGCUGGGGAGAAGCUGUGUGUGGAGGUGUGGGACUGGGACCUGGUGGGCAGGAAUGAUUUCCUGGGCAAGGUGGUGUUCAGUGUCCAGGGGCUGGCGGCGGCC